AUGUCACGAUCCCGUAGCGGGUGCCUGACUUGCAAACGGCGCCAUUGCAAGUGCGACGAGACCAAACCCGAGUGUCUGCAAUGUCUCGGUCAGGGUAUCAAAUGUGCAGGCUACAAUGUCGUAUUGCGUUGGGAUGCCGGCAUCGCUUCACGGCGCCGGUAUACAGGAGCGCUGAAACCGUCAGAGACGCUCCAUAUCGAGCCUACAGAGACGACAAGGCCGAGGAGGCGCACGUCCAGAAAGCCAUCUAGUGGAAUAGUUUCGUCAUUCGAAUUGGCAAUCCCACCAGAACGAAAUUUCAUAGGAAACACAAAUGUCCCCUCAAAGCCGUUUCCAGUGGUUCGCUCUCCAGGUCCUGAGAUGCCCAGUACAUUGAACGAGGCCUUCCAGACGUCCCUGCAAUCCCCCAUGUCCUCACUAGAGGGAUUUUCAUGGGCGGGCUGGACAGAGCAGGAUCGAGAUCUUUACGAAAGAUCCACCCAUCUCUAUGUGUCAAGCCCAGACAAUCCUUCAUCACUGUUCGAGGAGUACUACGUUCGCGGGCUACAUUUAUUCCGUAAACAGCUUGAGAAUCACGACGGCAGCAUCAACGUUGGAGUGAUGUACGCCGGGCUGUUCAUUUGCACGCUUAAUCUUUUCCAAGGCACACCGUGGUCGGUUCAUUUGGAACUAAUGAUGACCGUCUAUGGCCUAGGAGGGAGUUUGCACGCGUCUGCAGUCCUAGACAAUCCUGAGACCCACUUUCCCCUUGAACUCAUGGCAGUGAUGGACAUACCGACGUUCGUACGUGGCCGUUCCACCACGACACUAUGCCUGUGGCAGAGAUUGAGACAGGGCAAGAGAUCCAACAAUACGGAGCAGGAUUAUGGGAUUGAAGGAGUUACUAGUUUGCCUAGGUCACUUCUCGAUAUCUUCUCGUCUAUUCAGACUGAAGCUUCAGAAAGUGCCUUCAUUUCAUGGCCAGGAGAGGUUGGAGAAAUACCUCAAAUCCAUUUAUGGGAAGCUUAUCGCUUUGCGGGGAUCCUCACUGGUCGGCGACUGAGGAAAGACCCAUGUCUUUCAUCGCUAGCUCUAUCCACGGAGGUCAUCGUCGGUCGCCUUGUGGCAGCCAUUGAUGCCCUCUGCGACACGCGGAACCGACCCGAGUAUAGCCACUUGCUCACAUCUAACUCGCUCCUUUAUCCAUAUGUCGCGGCACGGCUAGAAGUUGCCAUCUUGCGACAUCGGCCCUCCUGGAUGGAGUCGCUGCGCCGAGCUUGCGGUAUUUGUCAACCCUACGGCAAAACCGCGAACGCAGAUAACAUUGCACGCAUGCUGGAUGAGGCUUGGGAGGUGGGCGACGAUGAUUACGACAUUGAUGAGCAAGCCAAACGGAGAAAUGUGGAGAUUGCACUUUUUUGA